CAACACGGCGCUACCACCACCACCAUGUCGUCGCUUUUCGGUAAUCUUGGAGCCUCGCAGCCUGCCUCGAGUGGCCCAUCGACAGGAGGCCUGUUUGGCAAUACCACGGGCGCAUCCACUGCGACGACACCAAGCUUGUUUGGCAACCUAGGCGGAGGAGCCUCAAGCGCACAAGCUGGUACAACACAGCCAGCAAGCGGUGGAGGCUUGGGAGGAGGUCUGUUUGGCAGUAGUCUAGGCGGACCAAAGUCGACAGCAACCGCAACGCCCUCUCUCUUCUCUGGCGCGACAUCGACCUCGCAACCGCAACAGCAACCACAAACGCAGUCGAGCGGCUUCUCUUUGUUUUCCAAACCGGGGACGCAAUCAACAACGGCCAAUCCGCUGUCUAACCAGCAACAAACCACCGGCCUCGGACAAGGAUUCCUCUUUGGCUCGGCCUCGACACAGCAACCGCAGCAGCAACCACAGCAGCAACAGCAGGGCGCGUCUCUGUCGCAGUCAAACGCAGGCACCACUCGCUCGGCGCAUUUUGAUCACCUGCUCGAGCGAGGCCGCAAACGCAAUGCCGGCGAGAAUGGCUCCAGUAACUUCGAUGAGCUACCAUCGUUGCAACUAGGUCUUGGAGACAUUGCACGCAAGGUGCGCAAUCUCGGUGCUGGCGGUCCCUCGGCGGAUCAGGCGCGAGAUGGCACACAAGAUCGUGCGGCACACUACCUUCUCUCCGCUUCUGGAGUGAAGAUGGGCAGCACCCUGCGCGACCUUAACCAAUUCUCCACCCAGGCGGGCAUUGGCGCGACCGGACCAGCUCAGAACCAGUUUGACACCGACGUCGAUAGUUACAUCUCAAAUCUUCACUCGCAAUCUACUCUAGCUCUGAUACAAGAGGGGCUCGAACAGUCUAAGCGCGACUUUGAUACUUUCUUAGAGGACAAUGUUCAAAUUGAGUGGGACAAGCAACGACAGAGGAUAUACGAGCACUUCGGGCUGGGAAGACAAAGUGAAGAGAUGGCAGCGUCACAGAGCACAUUCGGCAAUACAGCUCGCGGAGCUUUCGGACGUUCUACUCGUAAGGGUCGCUCCAUGGGCCCUAAGGGAGCAUCGGUUAAUGGUAAAUCCACGUUUGGAGCGACUGCAGGUGGGCCGCCUGUCCUUGGCGCCUCUGGAAGUGUACUGGGUGGACGAGACGGAUCUGACAAGUCCAUCCUCGGUGGACAAGUCGGGCUACAGGACCGAUACGUUCGGGACAAGCAAGAGAAGUUCAUGGACGAAGUGAAGAAGCUCAACGAUGCGAGGUUAAGAGAGAACACGUUCUCGAUCCUCCAUGCAUUUUCUGAAGUAGAGAAGGCUGCAGGCACUGAGUACUCGGAUCAGUUCAUCAAUGCUUAUGGGGCGCUUAUUUCCUGUACUGGCGAGCAGAACGAGUUGGAAGCGUCGAACCCGGGUUCAAGCAAUCCAAAGGAACGGAGCUUCGCCAAGGACUACCUAGAUGACCAGUCCAACUCUGCUGCCAGCGUCCGAAUGCGCAAACGCAUACUGGACGGCUCUCGAAAGUACCUCGAGAAAAAGUUCCUAGAACAAAUAGACGAGGUUCUGAGGAGGAACCCGGCAGAGGCGCUUGUCGGAGGUGUUCCAUCCUUGCUUAACAAGAUUCGGGGUUUUGUGCGAGCCAAGGUUGCCUUCAAGGAGCUCGGCGCAGAUACAGAAUUCUUCCAGAGGAUAGGCGACACCGGCGAGGAGUUCCCUUGGGUCAUUGUCUUCUACCUGCUAAGAGGCGGCUUACUGACGGAAGCCGCUGACUAUGUCCGGGAAAAGCGAAACUUCUUCCAAAACACGGACAGGAAUUUCCAAGGCGCGAUAACACAGUAUGCUACCGACCCGGACCGUAGGCUCAGCCCGGAAACGCAACAAAAGGUUAGCCAUACGCAUGCUCAGCGAGUGCGAAUAAACACACCAGAAGACCCCUACCGGACGGCCUGUUAUAAGAUCGUGGGUCGAUGCGAGAUGAGCAAACGUAACCUGGAGCCAAUCAAGGAGACUAUGGAUGACUGGGUAUGGUUGCAGUUCAACUUGGCUCGCGAAGGCAACCGAGCUGAAGAGAACGCGGGAGAGAUUUUCGGUCUGGAAGAGCUCCGGUCCACUAUCCGUGAUAUUGGCCAGCGGCACUUCAUGAACGAUGAGGCUGAAGCUGCUGGUGGAUAUGGCGUCUACUUUUACCUUGCUGUACUUGCGGGUAUGUUCGAGCCAGCUGUCAAAUACCUCUACGAUCACAAUUACGUCACUGCGGUACAUUUCGCCAUCGCUCUCGACUACUAUGGCCUACUCAGAGUCUCGGAAUGGAGUACUGCAGGCGGCGAGCUCCUAACAUUCACCACACGACAACAACCGCAGCUGAACUUUGGACGGGCAGUAGGCGCGUACACAGCGGAUUUCCGCGCUGCUCGAGCCGAUGCUGCUGCAGAUUACUUGGUCCUGAUCUGCAUGAACGCGGACCUACCCGGUGAAGCAGGCAAGCAACAGGCAGGGCUUUGUCAUGAAGCUCUUCGAGAACUUGUGCUCGAGACCCGCGAGUUCUCUACGUUGUUAGGUGAUGUCAAGUCUAAUGGACAGACAACACCUGGUCUCAUUCAGGAAAGAACACCGCUGCUCAAGCUCAAGGGCGAAAAUGGCCUGCUCAACACAAUCACUCGGGAAGCAGCUAAGAUGGCGGAUGAUAACGGCCGCACCAACGACGCUAUCUUGCUCUGUCACUUAGCAGGCGAGUACGACAGCGUAAUCGGAAUCCUAAACCGAGCCCUCGCGGAAGCUCUUUCUGUCGAACUGGGUCAAGAGCCGCUUCGUCUAGAGCCGCUGAAGCCACGAUUGACCGGUGCAGAAUUGCAGCAGCAACAGCAGCAACAGGCAUCUGAUCUGACUUCAUCGAGCUUGAGCAUGCUCGGAACAGACGACCCCGUCGAACUCGCACAAAAGGUGAUUGCCCUCUACAAUGAGAACAGCUUGUGGUGGAGGAAGGUCUCGCAGGUCAAUCGCGACACGAUUCGCAUCUUGUACCAGCUCAACAACGCAAAGAACAUCAUCGAAGCUCGGUCGUAUAUGGAAGCGCUCGAUCAAAUCGAAAACCUCCGUAUCCUGCCCCUCUCUGCACGCGGAAAUCUAUCCGAAAUCCGCUCCACUGCCAACUCAUUCUCCUCUUAUCCUCCCGAGAUCGCGCGCAACAUCGGCAAUGUGCUCUUAUGGUGCAUCGGGUGCUGCUCAAGGCACCGUGAACAUCUUCUGAGUGGACAAUUUGAUGAUCCAAUGCGCAAGGUGCUCGCGGAUCAGUUGCUGCAAAAGGCGAAGGACUUGAUGGUUUUUGCGGGUCUGAUCAAGUAUAAGUUGCCCCCGAGGGUGUUUGAAACACUAGCUCGAGAGGGGCAAGAUGUGGGUGCUUAUUAGAGGAGGAAGUUUUCAAGUGUAGUUGAGAUGGUAUGAGCCUCUACGGUUCCAUUGCUAAUCGUUGGUAAUUCUGGCGGAAGACACCUAAACUUGAGUAAUAAGAUAGGUUUUGGGGUAUCGAAGCGCCUAAUCUAGUACGAGGGGCUGUUUGGACAGUGUAGACACCAAUUGUAUAGACUACAACACAUGCCACCUCUGAGCUUUUCUUGGUGGAGCCGUCGGAUGAUGACUAAUAUGACGCACGCAGCUUUCAUACCCAACUUAAUAGUUUCCUAUCCUAACAUCUGAAGUAAUACUACACAAUCGCAC